AUGCUGGAGAGGGAGCUGUCCGCGUUGCGCCUGAGCGAGGGAGAGCCGGUGCAACCUGUCCGGGACAAGAUGCGCGACCUCCUCCGCGAAGUUAGCGACCGCGGGAAUCACCUACCCGGAGCAGACCAAGUGCCUGAAGAUGCUCUCGCUGCUGCCGGAAUCGUGGCUUCAAUUCAUGAGCGGAUUGAGUCUGCCGCAGAACCAGAGCUCGUGGACACUCGAAAUCGUCACCAGGAUGGCGGCGCGCGGAGGAACCAGAAAAACGGCGCGAGCAUGGUCGCCCAUUCGUCCGACAACAACCCGAAGAGCAACGGUGGUGCGGAGAAGAAGAAGGAGCGCACCGCGGGCCAGUUCUUCCAUAUUGGAGAGCAGGGGGAGCAAGGAGACGCCUCUGCCAAGGUUGGAGCAGAGCUGUACUCCCUGAACUAUUGGGUGUUGGACACGGGCGCUACUUGGACGAUGACGCCGCGCAAGGACCUGCUAGAUGACUUACGAGCUGCACCGAUAAAUGAGCUGUGCUCUGCCUUUGGACACGCGCUGAAGGUGGCUGGUGCGGGAUGA